AUGGUCGAGGAGAUGCUCAUUGCUAGGGUUCACGUACACGUCAAGGUCCUACAAGUGCGCGGCGCUCAAUACAAAUAUCGAGGCCACGUUGUCCACUUUCUUCGCAACGUUGGUAGGCUAUUUGAAGAGCUCCCAGUGCUACCGCAGGAGCUAGAUAUCGUGCUCCUACGGCCUCCUAAUAUGGAAGGCGACCCUCACUUCCAGCAACAGUUUGCUCGCGAUUUCCGGUGCCACCACCCGGGCUAUCGCGAUAUUGUCGUCCCCCAAGGCCCCGUUGAGGAGGCUAUGGAUGAGGAUCCUAGCGAUGCCGACGCAUCAGCGAUCCCGAAUUUGCAGGUUACCGAUACCGAAUUGAACGCCUUGCAGUCUAGAUUUCUCAACGGUACCCCUGACCCUGAGCGUAUGGCUGAUCUGGAGUACAUGCCGCGUAGCGCGCAGGCUCACCACCAGAUGCCAUUGCCUUCCAUUCGCAGGACCCCCAUCAACGAGUUCAACCGUUCCCAGCCGCUGUUAACGCUCGCGUUCCCCACCCUCUACCCUGACGGCAAGGCCGACUUCGUGGAGCCUCGCCUACGGAGCAUCACGUACCAGGACUACCUUGGCCAUGCGAUGAGAUGGCGUGAUGGACGUUUUGCCCGCCAUAAGACGUGGCCUUUCGUCGCCCUCAACACGCUGUUACGCGCGCAGGUCCGAAAGCGAAAGGAGGCGAUGGCUGAGCCUGACGAGCCGGAGGCUCAGGCCCUGAUCCAGUCGAUCACGCGCCAAGCAGCGGAGUUGGAAGCAUAUGCCUAUAAUCUAGGCAGGCCCGGCCUCUUCGCUACUGCUAUUGUCCUGAAGCGGAAGUUCAACCUAACGGACUUUUGGGGUCGGUACGAGUGGCAGGGGGCGCGGAACGAUGGCCAGAUUAACCACUAUAACCGCUUGCUUACCGUUGCGUGGCUAGCCAAUACAGAUGUCUCGCCCUGCACGAGUCUACAGCAGGUGAUCGACUACGCAGCAAAAUACUGCUCCAAGUCAGAAAAGAAGAGCGAUUCUUUUGCCCAGAUUGGGAAGGCCCUGAUGCCCCGGGUUAAGGACCACAACCCCCUGAUUUCCUUUACGUCAAAGCUACUAAAUCAGCUAGUUUCUGAGCGGGAUUACUCGAAGCAGGAGGUUUGCCACUUGCUCCUCGGCCUGCCGUUACAGGAGGGUUCACGUACCUGCCUAUACGUUGACUGCCGUAAUUCUGAUAGGCAUUCCCGCUACCUCCGCAUUGACGGCGAUGAGGUUGAUGAGGCACCCAACGUCUACGAGAAGUACAGUCAACGCCCAGAAGCUCUAACGGACCUCACUUACGUCUCCUUCCUCAAAUUCUGGAAUUUCCGCUCUAGAGACCCUUCCAAGUGGAAGCAAUGGCAGCCAGGCAACGUCCACGGCAGGCCCCGCCAGCAGUGGCCAGACUACUGCCGUGCCUUCUCCUAUUGUUGGCAGCAUCACAGUCACGAUGAUGACCAUUACGGCCAGCCAAACCUUGACAUACUUGGCCACCGCGAUAUCGACGUCAAUUACGACUGGUCCCGGCAUGUGGGUCACUUCCAGGCGCAAAAUCCUACUCAAAUCCUUCUUCACGUUGAUGGUGGUGGUGGCACAGCCGCCCUACCGAAUCCUAGCCCAAUUUGCCGCGUGGCGCCAACAGGCGUUGCGAGUAACCAGAUACAGGGUAGCACUAUUCAUUCGUUGCUACGCCUCCUGUGGGUGGUCCUUUACCGACCUUCCCCAACCGACGCAGCCGCCCUUCAGUCCCGCCUACGGCACGUGAAAUACCUCGUUAUCGAUGAAAAGAGCAUGCUAGGGCUUGAGCAGCUCGCGCGGAUCGAUUCCCGUUUGCGACAGGCCUUUCCACAGCGCAAAGUCGAGUUCUUUGGUGGUGUGAGCGUCUUGCUUGUGGGCGAUUUCUUCCAGUUGCCACCAGUCCGGAAAGGGCAGGUAGCCUACCGGUUGUUUGACCGCACUGUCUUCCUGAUCACGGUACAGCGCCAGGUUGGCGAUGAUCAGGCCCAGUUCCGUCAGGCGUUGCAGGAACUGCGUGAAGUCAAGUUGUCUAUAACGUCCUGGAACCUCCUUAGUAAUCGGGUACAGGCCCGGGUCAACGAAUACAACCACGAGCAUAUGGUGCACCUCAACGCCCCGGCAAUACAGGUGGAGGCAAAGAAUCAGGGCAAGGGCGCGGGACAGGCACCAAGCGACAAUGCUGGCAAUCUAUCUAACAAGUUCCCUGUUGCCAAGGGCGCCAGGGGUACUGUAUACGAUAUCGCCUGGAACGCAGGCGCCGACCCAUUGGAAGACCCCCCAGCCGUUAUCAUGGUGGACUUUGACAGCUACGACGGACCGUCAUAUCUAACAACUAAUGAGGGCAGGAAAAUCUCACCCAUCCUCCCAAGCCUAACGAAGGAUCAAAUAGUUACUGACCUCGCUUCACGCGACUUCCAGGCCGGUAUUAGCUAUGUUGCUGUAUCACGGGUUACGUCGCUGCAAGGCUUACUCCUUGAGGCGCCUUUCGAUCGUCAGAGCCUCUAUAACCACGCGCCGACGGAAGGGAUGAAGAUGCGCCUCGCUGACCAAAAACGCCGUCAGGCUCAACAGCUUACCGAUGCGCCGUAUCCACCACUUUAUCUUGACUAA